CAAGACUUUUUAAUGCAUUUUAAGGCCUUGAUUUUAAUUCAUGAACGCAAUGACCUUUAAGACGUUUUAAGGAUCUGCGGGAAACCUAUUAAUUAAAACUUCAAAAAUGUCUACUUUCUGUUGUCUUUUUCUUGUUCGGGUCCUGUUUUAUUUUGGCAAGGUUCUGUCUGGUCUUCCUGUGUGCAUCUUCUCUGUAUCUACCCCGAAUCCGGUCACUGACUGCACAAACCAAUGAUACUUAAACCUGCUGUGUGUUUGUCUUGGAGUGAGAAGUCACAAUGGCUGCGGGAUACGUGUUGCUGCUGCUGAUCGUGACCUGCUCUGCCCUGGAAAAAUGUAAGAAUGACACAGAUGUUUUUCUCCAGGAACUCAGUCAGAACAAUCCAAAGGAUUUUGCUGUUGUCAUGUAUGAUUCAUUCGGAAAGAUGGGAAGUGGAGUUGUCGGAGGCAACGUCAACCAACCUGGUUCACUACAUGAAUGCCUUUCUGUCCAAACUGCAUCUUUCUCUGGACAAUACUGCCAAGUAUUUAUUUCUCAGGGCAGAGCUGUUCACUUUGUGGGGAUCUGUGUUCCUGACUCCUGCAGUAAAACACAGGUUCACAUGAUGGUGCUACGGGGUAACUUUGACUUGUGUGCUGAAAAGAUCUAUCUCUUCCACUCUUUAUCCAGAGGCAAAUCGCCAAACAUCAAUCUCAGUUCCAUUGGCCUGCAAGAAACUCCGAUACACUAUUUAGACAUCAACUUUGUGAGUCUUUUAAAAACACUCACAAAUUAUCUCUGUCUGUCUUUUUAACAUUCUGCCAUGUUUCUCUCUAGAUGUAUAUGUUCGUGGGUCACGUGGCGCUGAUCGUUGUCCUGAGCUAUGUGGUGACAGUGUUGGUGGAGAGACCUUUCAUUCUUCUGAAGUGGAAGUGACACUAAACAGAACAAUAAAGUUCUUAUGAUUAUGUUUUUGAACCUCCUUGUUUCAUAGUACUAUAUGUUUAUGAAAUUCCUUCUCAGUGGCAAACUCCAGUCAUUUUGAUUCUCCGUCAGCCCUUGCUGGAAAGAUAUUUCUGCUCUGAAGGGAAAUACAAACCAAAAACCAAAAAUGUUCCUGUCACCCAGCAGGUGGCAGCAUACCUCCAAUUCCAGUUUUUCUCAGUCUCUUUGAUACAGUCCUCGGUUCUUUCUUGCUGCUGACAAACAGUAAGUGCAUUUCUCUUUCUGUGUGUGUACGAGAUUGUUGGCAAGGGACCAUUGCAAUGCGGCAUAUGGAAAGAAUCUUAUCCUGCCUCUGCUGUGAUAUCAUCAAAUGCAGCAUCCGUGAUAGCCACAAGAUCACCAGUGUGUGUGGCUGGUGAUCUUUGGUGAUCAUCAAAUUGUAUUCAACUAUUCAAAUUGUUUAUUCUUUGGCUGAACACAUUUCCUUUCAACAGAGAAAGUCACGAUUCACCUGGCAGCAGAUUUAUGGAAUAAGUUGAAUGGGAAUUUAUUGACAAAUGAAGACAUGGUCAACCAUUUUGCAUAGAAGGACUUGUGCGAAGCACUAAUGCCUAAAUGUUGUGAGGGGUGAGACUACUCAACAGACGCAUGUUGUCAAAAGCAUUUUCCACUUGAUCAAAGACAUGAGAAACCACAUCUAUGAGGUGCAUAAGUGACACCCUGAUGUGCAGUUUAAACAAGUACUUUUGAGAACUUCAAUAGUGAUCUGAGAAAUGUACCAAAACAACUCUAACCAAUUUUACCAAGAACCCAUCCAAAAUGUCUAAGAAAAUGACGAGGCGAUUUACAGUUUUUUGACAGAUAAAAAGAUCCUAAUAAAGACUGUCAACGUUCCUUCCGCUCCACAUCAGCAGACCUUCACAGACUUGAGACACGCCCCCCCACCUGAAGUCUCACGCAUUGCAAUGAAGAAGAGACAAUGCAAUGAUGUCGGAUGCGUCUGGUAUGAAACGAGUGUGUGUAUUGUAUUGUAUGUAACAGAAUCUGUAAACAGGGAGGACGACACACCCCCGGUGAUGUCACGGUUUGUUAGAUUCUCACCUUCACCACUGAUGCUCUCUAUGCCUGGGACCAGAGCACCACGCAGGGACUGCAAGGCCUGCUUUGCACUAGCAGCUGCCCGCCAUGGCAAACCAUACAACCCCGCUUCCAAGUCGAUGGCAGAGAAUAAGGACAACAAGCUAUGAGGGCAGACCCAAAGACCUACAGCUCCAGGUGGGGAAUGUCGCCCAGUACCCUCUAGUUGGGCUGCCAACUCUCACACAACUGCACGCAUGGCAGCAGACAGUUCCCAUACGGCU